UUGGGUGACUGUCCACCACACGGUCGUCGUUUCACUCGUUUAAAGGAUGAUUAUCCGAAAGGUGACCCGAAUGGUUUAACCGCAGAAAGUGUUAUAAGUGGAAUUAGAUCGUCAGGAAUUCAUUAUUAUUUCGGGAAGAUUACUAAUAAAACCGAUGAAAUGGUUCGUGUGUUUCGUGGUAUAAUGGGCAAAUUUUUAGUGUUUGAUCUCACAUCAGAAGGACUUGACCCAGAAGAAUUAGUUGCAAAAGUUUUUGAAUCUAUCUGUUCAUCCAUCACUACCACCGUCACAAUAACUAGUACCAUGGAAAAAACUCGUCAGCGAAAGAUGCUUGAAAAAGAUUCACGUGAGCCUGACUGGAACAUGCUUCCUGUCAAAAAUGGUGAACUUUUGUAUUAUCGUCUCCCAGGAACCUUGACCGAUAUUAAGGAUCCAAGAUAUUUUAAACGGAGAUCAAAUCUCAUUCUCCGAAAAUUCUCUUACAAACAUGCCCCGAAACCUUUUUCAUCAGGCGCAGAACGAUACGCUUAUUUUGCUCUCGAUGUAACUCAGGAGUUAAUUGAGAAAAUUGUUAUUAAAGAACGUAUCGAAAAAGCAAAUUCCUUUGAACGAUGCCUCGAAGCUAUAGAAUCUUCUACCAUUUCCUAUUUCCUAUCAAAGGAAUUCAAUUCUGCUACCGCAAGAGUUGGUAUUAAUAAGGAGGUGAAUUUCCUUAAAGUACAAAUCAUGCGCCGUACCGCUGGUUUCUCUACUCGAUAUUAUACUAUAGAACCGAAAUUUUGUGAUGCCGAAUUUAAACGAUUUAAUGUGAAUAAUGGAGUUAUUAAAGAAUAUCAUUCUAUCCUUGAAGCCUUCGCACAUUUUACAUAUGAGUACACAAAUGGUUAUCUGGUGGUUUAUGAUUUACAAGGAGUAGAACUCACCGAUGAGUUCUUGUUAACAGAUCCGGCAAUACAUUGUAAGGAUCGUUUAAGAUUUGGGAGAACAAAUCUUGGAAAGAGGGGUAUCGAGGAAUGUUUCUUAGCGAACCAUAAGUGUGACAGUAUUUGCAGAAAGUUAGGCUUGUCCGAGAUAAGCAGAUUAAAUUAAUGGUUGUUUAGUAUAUUAUGUAACAAUUUUCAUUGUAUUAUUUUUAUAUUAAUAUUCACAUCUCUUUCUAAAUUAUAAAUUUUAUAAAUUCACAUUUUCAUUUUAUUAAAUAUGUAAAUAAGAACUUUCAUUAGUUUAAUUACAACAUUAUUAAAAUAACUAGCAGAACUUCAACAUCGAUUGAUUCGAUGUUGAACAAGGCAAUAGGAGAACAAUCAAAUAUUUGGAUCUUAAGAUCAAAAAUGAACGAGAUAAGGGUAUCCGUCUUUGACAACCCUAAAAAAGUCUAAUAAAAAAAGCUUUCGAAGUUAAAAGAAGCU